AUGUGGUUGAAUGCGCUUGAGGAUCCGGAAGAUGUGAAGACUAUUAGUUGGGGAAGUGCGGCAUUGGCCUACCUUUAUCAUUAUCUGUGCGAGGCUUCCAUGGAUAAGAGGAAAGAGUUGGGCGGACCUAUGAUCCUUCUGCAGCUAUGGGCGUGGGAAAGAAUGCUCACAUUGAGGCCUUCGUUCAUAGGAUCAGUUGUGCACGAGCCAUAUACACCAUGUGGCGCCAGGUGGAAAGGAACAACGCAGAUAGGAAAUGCUCCUGGACACUCGGUUGAGCAUUACCUUGACCAAAUAUCUCUGAUUAGACCUGGCCAGUUUAUCAGGACGCCAUACGCACAUUGCAUACUGCCUGACUACUGCAAUGAUAUGAAUGGAUGCUCUUUGUGUGAAACCUACUUGGUAUGUCGGGCCUAUGUCGAGGCACAUGAGCCUGGACGAGUGCAGCGACAGUUCAAUCGGUAUCAGGAUAUACCUCAGUAUGUAGACAGGAUGCUAAGCAACGCCGAUCAUUUGGGCAAAAAUGAUCGGCAUGGUAAGAAGGGCAACAACUGGGCAAACACGCAUCAGUUCUACAUUGGGGAGUGGGACCUGAGGUACGAAAGGUUCCAGGCUGCCGAAGACGCCGCACCGAUGUCCAUGAAUAUUCCUAUGAGCCCGGGGUAUAUGGCGUGGUAUAACAGGAUUACCGUGACGUACCUGACUCAGCCUGGGGCACGGUCCACUGCUAGGAUGAACGAGUCGGCUGCUUCGAUGAGACUAUUUAUUGUUUCGUAUUGA